UUUUAUUGCCUUCUUACUUCAAUAGCCCCAGGGAGCUGCUCGCCGCCCGCUGCCUCGGCUCCUUUCUCCGCCAAGAUGAGGAAUCUGCUGCUCGCCCUGCUGCUGGCUUGCGGGCUGCUGCCGGCGCGUGGCAGCGUUCUGGAGCUGGAGCGCAUGAUCAAGGCGGUGACGGGGAAGAGCGCCCUGCUCUCCUACAGCUGGUACGGCUGCUUCUGCGGCAUCGGGGGCAGAGGCACCCCGGUGGACGCCACCGACAGCUGCUGCCGUGCCCACGACUGCUGCUACAGGGGGCUGCGAGAGAGCAAGUGCAGCCCCCUGAUAACCCCCUACCAGUUUGAGGUCACCGACGGGGACAUCGCCUGCGGUAACGAGCAGAGCUGGUGCAAGAGAGAGACCUGCCUGUGCGACAAGGCGGUGGCGUCGUGCUUCGCUGGCGCUCUGCCGUCCUACAAUCAGUCCUACCGCUUCUACUUCAAGCUGAGAUGCCGAGGGAGCAAGCUCCAGUGCUGAGGGGGGGCGGGGGGGAGCAGCGUGUGUGUGGAUUUUGAGUGGUUUUCCUUAAUGCCAUGGAAAGGAGAGGGUGGUCUGGGCACUGAGCAGAGCUGGAGCCCUCCUCUCUGCAAAGCUGUGCGG